CUGGGCCGCACGCAAAAAUGCCCCAGGGCGAGGAGCGUGGACCUAGUCAGGGCAGCGGAGGGUGUUUUUUUGAAGGGAAGCAGAAGCGGCAGAGCUCCGAGAAUAAAAAAAAUUCUGGGAGGGGGGGUAAAAAAAUAUGUCGGCGUUUUGGGGGCAGAGGAGGAUUGUGGAAAAGCAAAAGGCGAGAGCUAGAAACGAGGCCCGACAGUUGUAACGUUAGCACAGAGGGGAGGGGAAGGGAAGGAGAGGGCAGCUGUCCCCGCUUGAUUGAUUGACUGAUGUGGGAAGGAUUUGAGGAUCAACCGGGGCUUGCCUGGUUGGCCACCUGUCCCUGCUCUCUAUAAUGCCCCAGUGUUUGCAGCAACUGCAGUGAACGUGAUGGCAGCCCAGUCGGUUUCCAUAGACAAGUACCCAAAGGGAGAGCAGCAGAUGCAAGGUGUGAAUGUGGUAAAGGUAGGCGACGAUUCCGAGCAGAAGUUUUUAGAAGGGACGUUGGCAGAGGCGCCCAGCCCGGCACCCACAGAGCCACAGACCCCCAUGGACGCGGACAAAGCAUCCAUAUAUCGGCAUCCCCUGUUCCCCCUCCUGGCACUGCUGUUUGAGAAGUGUGAACAGUCCACGCUGAGCUCUGAUUGCAUCACUUCAGCGAGCUUUGACGUGGACAUUGAAAACUUUGUCCGCUGUCAGGAGAAGGAGGGCAAACCCUUCUUCAGCGAGGAUCCUGAACUCGACAACUUGAUGGUGAAAGCCAUCCAGGUGCUGCGGAUCCACCUGCUGGAGCUGGAGAAGGUGAGUGACCUGUGUAAGGACUUCUGCAGCCGCUACAUCGCCUGCCUCAAGACUAAGAUGAACAGCGAGACUCUACUGAGUGGAGACCCUGGGAGCCCAUACUCCCCCGUACAAGGACAGGUCCAGGGCUUUUCGCCUACCAAGACUCCGGUAUGGACUACCCCCAGCUCAAUCUCAGGGACCAUCAGUCCCCAGGGUCAAAUUGUGGUGCCAGCAUCAGCCCUGCAGCAAGGGAACGUUACGGUAACAGCCGUCAACCCCAGCCAGAUGGUUGCAGGUAUGUCACCAUGGCAUACAACCCCUCCCUCAGGUGGCACGGUCUACCAGCCUGUUACAGUCGUCACUCCUCAGGGCCAGGUGGUAACACAGGCUCUUUCUCCCGGGACAAUACGCGUCCAAAACAAUCAGCUCCAGCUGCAGUUUCACCAGGACUUAAACCUCUUUAAUCACGACGACAACUCAACCAAGAACAAACGUGGUGUUCUACCCAAACACGCCACCAAUGUCAUGCGCUCAUGGCUCUUCCAACACAUCGGGCACCCGUAUCCAACAGAAGAUGAAAAGAAACAGAUUGCCACUCAGACAAACCUGACACUUCUGCAGGUCAACAACUGGUUUAUAAAUGCACGAAGGCGGAUCCUGCAGCCCAUGUUGGACGCCAGCUCCUCUGAGACACCAAAAUCCAAGAAGAAGACUCCUCAAAACCGGCCACUGCAGCGCUUCUGGCCUGACUCCAUCGCCACAGGGGGAGGCACCCAGCAGCAAGUUACCAUGCCAGACGGUACAAUGGUGACGAUGAACAUGGAGGGUCUGCAGAGCCUGACGUCAGACGGCGCCACACUGGCGGUACAGCAGGUGAUGAUGGGAGGCCACAGUGAAGACGAGUCGGGGGACAGUGGAGAUGAGGACGAUGAUGCAGACAUGGCCGGGCUGGGCCUGGACAACAGCGACUCAUUGCAGUAGAGGACACACUCCCUCACACUCUGAUCUACACAUACACUGCCUUGCAAAAGUAUUCAUCCCCCUAUUCUGACGAUUUCCCUAUUUUGUUUGCAUUACAACCUGUAAUUUAAACCCUUUUAUUUGGAUUACAUGUAAUGGACCUACAGAGAAUAGUAAAAAUUGUUAAAAUGAAAACAGGAA